AUGGAGGGAAGUCUUGGAGAUUUAUAUCUAAAAAUAUUGAGAGAAAAAUCUUCUAUAAAAUGUCCUUCGUCACUAGCGCAGCUCCCUGUAACUAUAUGGACAAGGAAGAAUGUGCCAGAUGACGUUGUAUCAGAUGUUUCAUCCAUAGAAUCUAGCAGAGAAUCAGAAAUAUCGCAUAGUGAUGAUUCUGUAAGCUCUAUGAGUAGUAGUGAUACUUGUGAUAGCAUCAAAUCACUGCAAGAUUUGAGUAAUGAAUCUGUUAGACACAUACCAUAUGGUAGUGAACAGCUAUUUGAGACGCAUCCAACGCUUUUGAAUGGUAUGAAUACUUUAUCUAUAUCCAUAUCCUAUGUAGGUGGUAUUUUAGAUGCAGAAGAACAGUUUAAAAUUGUGUAUAGUUCAUUAGAAUCACUAGAUUCAUUAUCUGGAUUAAUUAUGUUGCAAUCAAACUAUGACCUAAAUUCAACAUUAAGAUCAGCAUUUCAAACGAUAACUAAAUUACAUAAAUCGGUUUGUAUAUUUCUCUCAAUUGAUUGUGUAAUACGAAACUCACAAUAUAAUGAAGAAAGGCUUGUAACAGAUAUCAAGGAAAUGUUUAAGAAAGUCUAUAGCUCAAUUGUAACAUUUCAAACACUUGCCUGUAAAUCAGCGUCAAGUGAAAAUGUUCCACAAAUUGUCAAUGUGUUUUUACAGAUCAUCCCUUAUGCUAUUGACAUCCUAUACAGUUCACUCUUAAAUUUAUUAUAUCAUAUUAACGAAAAAAGGAUAAAUAUGGAACUAAUAUUUAUAUUUGAAAAAAUGCUACAAACAUCUCUACUCAUCUCCUGUGGUUAUUCUGAUAAUUCAAACACAUUUACAAGAAUUCGUGCAAUUGAAACUAUAUAUUAUCUUUUUAUAGCAAUUUUACCAUUGGAUCUUGUAAAUUAUAUUAAAAAUGAUGUUUUUGAAACAGUUGAUGAAUCUUUGGAAAGUAAUUUUAGGGGUAAAUUAAUAGAGAAAAUCUGGAAUGAAUAUUCAACGGGUAGUUUUAUACCAUCUGGAAUAAUACUAUUUAAGUUAAUUCAAAACUUUGAUCGUGGAAGUAAAAUGCGUGAAACUUCAGAUGUAGAGGCGACAUUAAGAAAUUCUUCCAUAACAAUACUUGGAUCUUGUAUACGUAGUGGUAUUACCAAACGACAAUAUCCAACAAAUUUUAUAAGUCAUUCAGAUUAUGCAAACAGUCUUUUGGGUAAAAAUUCUAGAAAAAUUCAUGAUGUUAAUAAUUUGAAUACGUGGAAUAAGAUAUCAUUCUGGUUACUAAUGCGAUUGGAAGAUGUAAAUAGUAUAGUAAGGAAUUAUGUUCUCAGGAUAAUACGCCACAUUAUGUCCACAAUCUACCUUAUUGAAAAAGAUAGGCAACAUAUAUUAUCAUAUGUAUUUAAUUGUCUCUCAAGCGAUGAAGUUCUUGAAGAAUCAUUAAAUAUAUUGAUUUAUGUUUCACAAUUAUAUCCUAUGAAAGAUGGUGCUGUAAAGAGGAUCGCAACACUAACUUUAAAGGGAUCCAGAAAGGUCAACCGAUUAAGAACAAUAAUUGCAUUAGGAAAAUGUAGAUUUACACCAAAGGGAUUAUCUCUACUCAUGUCGCUAUUUCAAAUACUUUGUACAAUGUCAAAUGAUACAUCAAAUACGACAGAAGUUCCAGUUCAGAUUUAUGCUAACAGUUAUAUAUCUGACCAGGAUUCUGAAGUGACAUUCAUUCAACAAGAACUACCAGCGAUAAUAGAUGCAUUAAAAUCGCUUGUAAAAUCGCACAAUAAUAUAAAGCUUGCACAAAAAAUUAUAGACCCACCCACCGGCUACGUAGGUAAGUUGCCAUUUACAUUACCACCGGGUCUUUGGAUAUGGUCAUUGUGGAAAUAUAUGUCUAAUGAUAUGGAUGAAUGUUGGAGAUUUUGUAUAUAUUUAUUAUUCAUUGAAGCAAAAAUGCGUUUUCCACAGCUAGUAGAUAAAUUUGAUAAGAGUGAUCUUACGUUUAUUGCAGACUAUUUGCAUUUGAGUGAACGCUUUAUCGGACUAAAAAUAGGGGAUAUGGAUAAAUUGUACAUUACAGAUGAAUUUGUUAAAGACACUAAAAAAUGGAAAAUGUUACAUCAAUUACAUAUACCAUUAACGCGUGAAUACCUACAACGGGUUAAGCCUAUUUUGAAUAAUUAUUGCAUUAGUGAGGAAGUAAAUGUUAAAAAUAAUAAAAUGUGUGAUUGUUUUGAUUGUAAAAUGGAUCAAAUGAUUGUUACGCAUGAAAAUAAAUUUGAUUAUCUAAGUUCCAAACUGAAUAAUUUUAUAAAGUGUACAAGGGAUGAAAACAUGAAAGUGGAAUCUAAAAUAGGGGAAAGAGAUCUCUUCUUCAUUGGAUCCCAUGGUCUAUGGAAUAAAAAUGUAUAUCAAAAAUCUCUUUUUAUAAUGACAAAUCACUAUAAUAUUCUUCCAAAUUUGAAUAUUAUCCCUAGUAUUAAUAAAUUUGAUGAUGUAAGGAUUGAUGAUAUAAAGUGUUUUCCGUUUCCAUCGGUUCUUGGUCUUCAUAUCUCAAUAAAGAUCCGAUGUGUCACAUGUGGAAUUAAACCACCAGAACUCUCAAUUCUUCUAAAAAUACCCAUAAUAAAAAACGUUGAAGAUAAUUGUAACGUCAUAAUGCAUGUUUUAUGGAAAAGAUCGCAAAUUAAAGGGCCCUUGGAAAUAUUUGAUGGGACAGUUUCACACAAUCUCCACUAUCCCUACAAUAUGAUAUUACCUAUUAGAAUUAGAGUACUCUACAUGUUACAGAAUGAAAAUCCCAAGGUUUGUUUUUUCAUGCUCAUAAAUCAUACUUAG